GUCAAUGUAUCAGUCGCUGUGGGAUUUUUUUUACCUUCUCCCUGGGCAAAGGAUGAAUUUAGCUGGGAGUAGGCAGAAUUCUCUCUGAAGGUUCCACAAGGGGAGAGAAAAACAUCCAGCAAACACCGAUCCGGGACAAUCAGUGGCAGGAGAGAAAAAAAAAAAAGUCCUCUUCGAAUCUGGGUGGUGGAAUCCUUGACUACUCAUUGACUUCUCCCUCCCCCCCCCUUCUUGUAAAAUCAUUUUAACCUUGCAGAUUGAGUCUCGUCCGCCUUUAAGAAGGCAGCAGAGAGAGAGACCUUCCUGCUGGAGCAGUGGGAGAACUUUUUUUUUUUUUGAGGAGCUCUCACCAAGGUAGAAAGUCCACCAUGACUUCCAAAGAUGAAGCCAAAUCGUCUUCGGUGGAGGAAAGAAGAAGGCAUGCCUUGGACCUUUUACCCCCUCCUGCUAAUUCUAACAAGCCCCUGACCCCUUUCAGCAUCGAGGAUAUCCUAAACAAGCCCUCAGUCAGGAGAAGUUACACCAUAUGUGGGACAGCUCACCUACUAAGCACUGCUGAGAAGCCCCCUGCUGCAGGCUUGCCCCUGUCCAGUAGAGCCCUUCUCUCCCAAACCUCCCCUCUCUGUGCCCUGGAGGAGCUGGCCAGCAAGACCUUUAAGGGACUCGAAGUGAGUGUCCUGCAGGCAGCAGAAGGUCGAGACGGCAUGACGAUUUUUGGCCAAAGACAGACACCUAAAAAGAGGAGAAAGUCGAGAACAGCUUUUACGAACCACCAGAUUUACGAGUUGGAGAAACGAUUUUUGUAUCAGAAAUAUUUAUCUCCGGCCGACAGAGAUCAGAUCGCCCAGCAGUUGGGACUGACCAAUGCCCAGGUGAUCACCUGGUUCCAGAAUCGCAGGGCCAAGCUGAAGAGGGAUCUGGAGGAGAUGAAGGCAGAUGUGGAGUCGGUGAAGAAGAUGAGCCCUUCCACAGUGGAAGCCGUACUCACCAUCUCGGAGCUGGAGGAGGAGACCAACUCUGUGCGGGAUGAUAGCCGCUCCCGGUCGCCACAACUUGGACUAAGUGGCCACAUGCCCCUCUCCCCUUCAUCCCCACUCACAGAACAGCACACAAGCAAGGAGUGCUCGGAGGAUGAGGAGGAUGUGGAAAUUGAUGUCGACGACUGACUUUUUCCCAUUUUAAUAACUCACAGACUGAUACGGAGCAUGGACAUUAUUUAUAUGCUGAACUUCUCUCAUCUUUUUUUCUUCUGUUUUUCCUUUCUUUUUUUUCUAAAAACAGAAACUCAGACACAAUCCUAUUGACACCUAAAGGCAGUUUCUUUUCAAUUUAAAGCAAUAAGAAAUACAAGGAAAGACUAAAUUUACCCACGGCUGCCCAGUCAGGUAGAUUUUGUUUGUUUGUUUUUGUUUUCUUUUGGAAUGGUGCAAUUAUGUAUGGCUUCUGUAAAAAAAAAAAAAACCCAAAUAUUUAAAGUUAUUUUUUUAGGCUUCGAUUCUACUAAACAUCAUUUACAGAUCCGAUACCUUUAGAUAAACCCUUUUUUUUGCAGUAAAAUAAUUUCAGUGUG